AUGUCAUCAGUUUCUCGCUUGCCUUCACGCCUGCCCACAACUGGGCAUAGUGAAAUUACGACUAGUCAAAAAUCUUUAACGAUUCCAACCUCACAAAAAUCUUCUACGAUACGAACAAAUUUGAAACCGCCAUCUACGGUCUCAAAGCAAGCUUCUUCCUUAAUACCAUCUCAAUCUUCUACUAAUGAUGAGGAGUCUUCUCCACCAAAUCAUAGUGCAACAAUGAACACUCGCCUGAGGCAGCCACUUAAAAUGAAAAAUGAUUCAAAGAAUGCAAUGAGAAAAAAUGAUGAAAGUUUUCCACAGUUUGGCAGAAAUACGCGUGUAGCCCCAUACGAUCCUCUCGGCACCUCAAAACUUUCUAGUAAUCCCAACGUAAAGUCUAAUCCUUCAACGAGAACAUUGUUCAACCUCAAGAAAAGCAAUUCUUUGAGUGUACGAUCUGGUAACACUCCAUCGGCCGAAAUGGACAAUCUCCGCACGGAAAAUUCUCAACUUUGUAUUGAACUUGAAAGACUUCGUGCAGAACAAGCAAAAAUUUUAGCUGAAAAUGAAAAAUUAAAAGCAGAAAAUACAGAACUUUUGCAAGAAAAAGAACGUGAUCGGACCCAAUAUCGAAACGAAUUGGAAGUAGCUAAUAAUUUAAUAAUCGAACAAUCGACUACCAUGACCGAACAACAAACCCUCAUUGAGGAGCUGAUGGCUCAAUUAGAUGAGCAAGAACAAGUCUGCCAAGACCUCCAUAACAUGAUUGAUACUUUCAAGGCCAAACAAAACCUCUCAUCCAAAGAAGUUGAAAACAAACCAAAAGUACAAAUAACUAAAGAUGAUUAUUCCACAGUUCAA